AUGACUAGCUACGUCUCUACUUACAACAACUACUACAACAACUACUACUACAACAACAACUACUACAACUACUACAGCAACUACAACUACUACUACUACUACUACUACAACAACUACUACUACUACAACAACAACUGCUAUUACUACAACAACAACUACUACAACAACUAUUACUACUACUUACCUUCUAUCAAGGAUGUCAUCACUCUUACCAACUUGAAAUGCUAUAUCAAACAACAAAUUGUAAAUGUAACCAAACCUACAAUUAUGACAACUUCGAAAUUUUCAUUACUAAACUACACAUCAAGUGAAAACUGUGAAUUGAAUAUCACUGACAAUGUUGGUUACACACAGAAUACAUGGCACCUUUGA